AUGAAGAGCCUCUCAUUGUACUUCUUGCUCCUCGUUUCUGUGGCGGCACUGCCACUGCACGCCAGUGCCUCGCAGGAGGCGCGGCUGAGAGAGUUCACCUCGUCCAGAAGAGGCAGUGUUAGCAGCACCGACACGUUUAGGGUGCGUAACAUAGCGGACAGGGUUGCCGGCAGCCUGAGCGCAGGGAGCUCUGUCUCCGACCAGAGCUCCAUGAAGGCCGCCGACAAGAUCACGGCGCUGCCCGGGCAGCCGGAGGGCGUCGACUUCGACCAGUACGGCGGGUACGUGACCGUCGACGAGGAGAACGGCCGCGCGCUCUUCUACUACCUCGUCGAAUCGCCCUCCGGUGCUUCCGAGAAGCCGCUCGUCCUGUGUCUCAACGGAGGGCCAGGAUGCUCUUCCCUCGGCUUUGGAGCGAUGCAGGAGCUCGGCCCCUUCCGCGUAGCCGAAGACAACAAAACGCUCAGCAGAAACAUCAACGCCUGGAACAACGUGGCUAACGUGAUCUUCCUCGAGUCGCCCGCUGGCGUCGGGUUCUCCUACUCGAACACGUCUUCGGACUAUGACCUAAGCGGAGACGAGAGAACCGCCGACGACGCGUACGUCUUCCUGGUGAAAUGGCUGGAGAGGUUCCCGGAGUACAAGGACCGCGCCUUUUACAUCUCUGGCGAGAGCUUCGCCGGCCACUAUGUGCCAGAGCUCGCCGCCACCAUCCUGCUCCACAACACAUACAACAACAGAACCAUAGUAAACCUACAAGGCAAUGGUCGGGAACCCGUAUCUGGACGAGAAGAGGAACAUCCAGGGGGCCAUCGACUUCGUCUGGACCCAUGA